AUAUUUUGAUAGUUUUUUUUUCGUUCUUGAUGGAUUAUAUCGUAGCUUCUUGUUUAUAUUCCUUGUUCAAUCAAAAACAAAAAAUAUUACCAAGUCCAAUUAUUAUUUUUACAAAUAUUGCUAAGACAUCAUUGCUGUUUAUAAGAAGUUAUUUGACGAUUACGACGAUGUAAACAAAUUAUUCAAACAAAUACCCUGCAAUUUUACUCGAAAUACUGACAAUAACUGAUAGACAACUCAACAACCGUUCAUUUGCUUUAAGACCGAAACGAUGAGUACAAGAUACAAUUCUUGUUGAAUGAAAAUAUUUUUUUUUGGAUCGUCAAAUACAUUAAAUCAAAAUGAGUUCACCAGUAGUUACACGACGAGGUGCACAAAAAGCGAAAAUACAGACGCGUGGUAUGGUCAAGCAGGAGGAAGCUCGCAAACCGAGUGCAGCUUUGUUAGAGGCGAAAAAGAAAGCUCGUGAGAAAUUAAACACUAGCGCUAAACGUCCAUCAGGUGAAGGGGUUUUGAUUAGAGAUAUUUACCAGUCUAUGAUGGACUCGAUACAAAUGGUUCGCGGUGAGACUGGCUUAAUUUACGAUGAUCGAAUGGCUGAGCACCGGUGUUUGUGGGAUCCGAAAUUUCCUGAAUGUCCUGAAAGAUUUACGCGAGUUGUCGAUAGAUGCCAAGAACUCAAAUUAAUCGAACGUUGUCGAAGACUGACACCGCGUGAUGCCACAGUCGACGAAAUAUUAACGAAACACACGAAAGAUCAUUAUGAAUUGCUCAAAAACACCAGCCAGUGCACGAAUGAAGAGAGAUUGGAAGAACUGAGCUCAAAGUUCGAUGCAAUUUAUAUUCAUCCGACAACAUUCCAACUAUCUCUACUCGCCGUUGGUAGUACCAUUGAACUGGUGGACAAUAUUUUAUCGAAUAAAAUACAAAAUGGUAUGGCCAUAAUCAGGCCACCUGGUCAUCAUGCCAUGAAGGCCGAAUACAACGGCUAUUGUUUCUUCAACAAUGUUGCCAUCGCGGCUCAACAUGCGCUAGACAAUCGUGGCUUAAAUCGCAUUUUAAUUGUUGAUUGGGAUGUCCAUCACGGUCAAGCGUCACAGCGGAUGUUUUACGAUGAUCCGAGAGUUUUAUACUUUUCCAUACAUCGUUACGAGCACGGCAUGUUUUGGCCGAAUCUGCGUGAAUCUGAUUUCGAUUGGAUUGGGGAUGGUGACGGGAGGGGAUUCAACUUCAAUAUACCUUUGAACCGGACGGGAAUGACGAACGCUGAUUAUUUGGCCAUUUUUCAACAGAUUCUAAUUCCAGUUGCUAUUGAGUUUCAGCCAGAAUUAGUCAUUGUAUCAGCUGGCUAUGACGCAGCGUACGGAUGCCCUGAGGGUGAAAUGGAAAUAACACCGGCAUGCUAUCCACACCUACUAUCACCACUGCUAACUUUGGCCAAUGGAAACGUUGCAGUUGUUUUGGAAGGAGGAUAUUGCUUGCAAUCAUUGGCAGAAGGAGCCGCUCUGACGCUCAGAACAAUCCUUGGCGAUCCGUGCCCGACCCUGGUUGAACCACUAAGCGAACCAUGUGAUAGCAUUCAAGAAACCAUUUUAAAUUGUAUUCAACUACACCGUCCACACUGGAACUGCCUACAAACGAAUGGAACAUAUACCUUGGAAGAGUAUAACAAUUUUACACCUCAAAGUGAUCUGCAUAAGGUGGUGCAAGCGUACAAUUGGACCGAGCCAAGGCAAGAACGAUUUUUAACCAGAGAUUGUUAUCCCGUCCAGUCUGAAGAAUUUCUGAAAAAAGUGGCCGAACGAUUGACUUCAUUAAGCAUUGCGACGAAUCUAAGUGUUCCGCCAAAUCGAGUCUGCUAUGUCUACGACGAAAUGAUGUUACUUCACAGGAACCUUUAUGAAGAUCAUCCUGAGCGACCAGAACGACUUGAAAUGAUCGAGCAACGAUUCAAAGAGUACAAUCUGUUCGAACGUCUGCGCAGGCUGCCGGUGCGUAGUGCUACAACCGAUGAACUGUGUCUAGCUCAUACCAGACUACACAUCAAUUCAAUGCGUAAAAUUGUGGAAUCGAAAGAGCUGCAAGAGAGUGGCGAGAAAUUCAAUUCCGUUUAUUUCCAUCCGAAAACGUUUGAGUGUGCGUGCGUCGCUGCCGGGUCAGUGCUUCAAGUGGUCGAUGACGUUUUAAAUGGAAAUAGUCGAAGUGGUGUCUGUGUGAUUCGGCCACCGGGACACCAUGCGGAGUCGGAUCUACCUCACGGAUUUUGUAUAUUUAAUAAUGUGGCUGUUGCGGCUCAAUAUGCAGUCAGGGAUCACGGACUCAAACGAGUCCUUAUUGUCGACUGGGACGUCCAUCACGGAAAUGGCACGCAGCACAUUUUCGAAUCAAGUCCAAACGUCCUGUAUGUGUCGAUCCAUCGAUACGACUACGGACAUUUCUUUCCACGGAGCGAAGAUGCAAAUUUCAAUGUUGUCGGUGAGGGCAGUGGAACCGGUUUCAAUGUGAACAUCCCGUGGAAUGCUAAAGGAAUGGGUGACAUGGAAUACAUAGCUGCCUUUCAACGUAUCAUUUUGCCAAUUGCUUAUGAGUUCGCACCCGAACUGGUGUUAAUCAGUGCCGGUUUCGAUGCUGCUCUCGGAGAUCCAUUGGGCGGCUGCAAAGUGACACCGGAAGCGUACGGUUACUUCACUCAUUGGUUGUCAGCGUUAGCCAAUGGAAAAAUAAUUGUGUGCCUUGAAGGCGGUUACAAUGUCAAUUCCAUUUCCUAUGCAAUGGCUGCCUGCACGAAAGCAUUGUUAGGCGAUCCACUACCCGUCCUGCUGACAAAUAAACGACUCAAUUCCAGUUGCGUCGAGACCAUUCAAAAUGUACUAUCCGUACAACAGAAGUACUGGCGUUCCUUGCGAUUCAACAAAAAGUUGCCCAACUUUGAGAUACAACGUUCGCCCAUCGACGAUCUGUACAAAGAAUUCAAUAAAGUUAAUAUUGCCGAGAAAAAGGCCAGUGAUGGUGAUACAAAUUCAGGAAAGAAAGGCGAUUCAUCGCCUGGAACCAGUAGAGAUGUGCAACCAAGUACCUCAACUGCUGCGGCAUCUAACAGUAGUGCAGCCAAAACGUUGGCUGAAUUUUUAGCCGAAAACAAAAAUGCCUUACAAAACGAAGAAAUGUUCGCCGUGUAUCCACUGAAAAACUGUCCACACUUGAGUAGCCUGAAUCCUGAUCUGUUUGACUCCAUUGACACAACGAAAAGUUGCAUGGAAUGUCAAUCAACGAGUGAGAAUUGGAUAUGCCUCGGUUGUGCUCAGGUGUUCUGUGGACGAUUCGUAAACGAACACAUGUUGUACCAUCACCUGGACAGUGAUCAUCCGUUGACGCUGAGUUUUGCCGAUCUGUCCGUAUGGUGUUACAAGUGUGACUCGUACAUUGACAAUCCGUGUCUGUUUAAGUAUAAGAAUUUGGCGCAUCAGAGCAAAUUUGGCGAGGAAAUGGUAUGGUCGUACGGAAAUACGUUAGAAUUAGACGCUCAAUCGAGUAGUACGUUAUCUUGAUUAAGUGAGAUUUUGAUUAAGUUUUUCCACUAUUGGUUUUUUGGGUUUUCUAUAGGCUUGUAAUCAUUGAUAUAAUGCGCUGAAAGACAAAAUUUAAAUUUAGAUAACUAACCAAAGAACAACGGUAAACACUUACAAUUUUUUGAGUUUGUAAUAAUUUAAACUGUUUGAUGACAACUUACAUGAGUAGUAAAUCGAAAACUAUAUUUUUCAUUCGAAAAUAAAUAAUUUGUUACUAACUCA